UUUUGUUUUCUUUUUGUACAUACUCCAGAGUUGCCGCAACAUUUUAGUGUUUCGUGGUUCUCGUUCCUCUGUGAUAAGCACGAUAUUUCGCAAGUUGAAAUUGAAUUUAAAUAAAUUCGAUUGCACCCAAUCGACCCGUGCGGUGUGACCUGUCGGUGUGUGUGGCUUCAGAACCAGAAGAUUCAAGGAAAUUUAAGUGCAGCAGUCUGCAACCAACGUCAGCUCCGAGAUGGUCGCCGAAAAUAAGUCACACUCUAGUUAAGUAACAUGUUAAUUGCUCUGGAUCGGUUCACGAUAGUGCUCGGAAUGUUUUCCACGUUAAUGUUUAUCACGCUGAUGUUGUUCCUCUGCACGUCUCCGGUGCCACACUUGGUAGCGCUGGAGGAGGUCACUUCGGGAAAGGUGACGACCUCGGGUGAUGACUUUCCUCCGCUCAAGAAUGACAACGUGCUGAGGGCCGCCCGGGGCGAACCGGUUGACCGCGUGCCCGUCUGGGUGAUGCGCCAAGCCGGUCGCUACCUGCCCGAGUUCCAGGCCGUCCGCGCCAAGCACGACUUCUUCGAGGUGUGCCGCACGCCGGAGCUGGCCUGCGAAGUGACGAUGCAACCGCUGAGGCGGUUCGAUCUGGACGCGUCGAUUAUUUUCUCCGACAUUCUGGUGAUUCCCCAGGCGUUGGGCAUUACGGUGGAGAUGAAGCCCGGAGUGGGACCGGUGCUGCCGGAACCGUUGGUGGGGCCAGCUGACUUGGAGCGGUUGAACCAGACUGGGACGAUGGAUCGGUUGAAGUACGUGGGGGAUGCGAUUACGAAAAUGCGACACAUGCUGGAGGGUCGAAUUCCACUGUACGGAUUUACCGGCGCGCCGUGGACCCUGAUGGGUUACAUGAUUGAGGGCGGCGGCAGCAAGACCAUGUCCAAGGCCAAGGGAUGGCUCGCGGAUCAUCCGGAAGCCAGUCACAAACUGUUGAACAUUCUGACCGACCAGGUCAUCGAAUAUCUGCUGCUGCAGGUCCGAGCCGGGGCGCAGAUUCUGCAGGUGUUCGAGUCCAGCGCCGAGCACCUGUCCAAGGAGCAGUACCUGACGGUGGCGUUGCCCUACCUGAAGCGAAUCCGUGACGAUCUGCACCGCCGAUUCGCCGAGGAAGGACUCACGCCCGUCCCGCUAACCCUGUUCUCCAAGGGUGCGAUGCACUCCCUGCCGGAACAGGCCGCCACCGGGUACGACGUGAUUGGACUCGACUGGACCAUCGACCCGGAGGAGGCUCGCCGACUGGUGGGCCCCAACGUGACCCUCCAAGGCAAUCUGGACCCCCAGGACAUGUACAAACCGAAGGAGGAACUGCGCGAGCUGGUCCUCACCAUGGUGCGAAAGUUUGGCAAGCACCGAUACAUCGCGAACCUUGGCCACGGCAUCACGCCCCAGACGCCGAUCGAAAGCAUGGAAGUACUGGUGCAGGCCGUCCACGAUGCGCUGUAA